UCAAAUAAAUUGGCAUUUUAUUGAACAAAUGAAAUCGAGCAAGAAAACUCAGCAAUCUCCAAAAUGCCCAAACCUUGCUUUGUGUGCCUAAUUUCAAUCAUUUUCAUAUGUCUGGAAACAACGUAGAACUGUUAGAGAUCUACUCAGAGGGCAUCAAAGCUUGGUUCCCCGAUGAGGAGCUCGGUUGGGUCUCAGCCUCAGUUAAAUCAAAAGAACAAACAAACGAUUCAGUGAAGAUCGUUUUUCAAGACGACAGCAAUUCAGAAAAGGAAUAUGUUUUUGAUGCACCUUUGGCCGAUAUUGUAUCAAAUAAAGUCGAACUACCUCCGCUUAGAAACCCUCCUAAUAUGGAGGAUACAGAUGAUUUGACAAGUCUAAGUUAUUUAAAUGAACCUUCCGAGGUUCAGCAGAUAAAAAAAAUACCACAACAACAUGUUUUUGUUGGAGGGAGCUCCUAUAUAACACAUAAUUGAGCACUUUUGUCUCCUAACUUGUUUAAAAUAAUCGUAGUAUUACACACAAUCAAAAAUAGAUAUGAAGACAAGAAAAUUUAUACUUAUUCUGGGAUUGUCUUGAUCGCCACAAAU